AUGCGUAUGUAUCUACAUGAUUUGCUUGUUGAAAGAUCUAGUUAUGCUUUAAAAGACGAAAAUCCAAAGUAUAAAGCUAUUCUAAGAUAAGAUUCCCUUCAAUAAACGAAGAUAUAAAGGUUGUGUGUUUAGUUCGUAAAAGGCGUUCUCAUGAAGAAGAGAAAUUGCAUUUAGAAUAGGUAUUCAUUUGAGUAUAAAAAUGAUCAGAAAUUACUUUCUAAAAUUUGUAUCAUUGAUUAAGACGAUAUCUUUGAUAAAUUUUGCUUACAAGGGUCAUUAGAAGAAAUUAUAAAUUUGUUAAUUGAAUGUUCCAAUGGAUUAGCAUUUUCUUCCUAACCAAAGGUGACACUAAAUACAAUAGCCAAAUAAUAUAUAGUUAACGAUGCUAUUUGGUUUAAUCCUAAAACAUUUUAGACAUGUGCUGGUUGGGUAAUAAAUGAGUUUGAAAAAGCCAUAGCUUUGAUAUUCUAUUAAAGUCAAUAAGGGAAUUAAAUGGAUAACUAUCCAAUUUAAAACGACGAUCUUAAAAUAUACUGGAUGGACAAUGUUGAUUUUAAAUAUAAAAUCCUUCAUUAGAUACCUUAAAUAUGCAAAGAAUUCAAGAACGCACCUAAAAAGAAAAAUACCAAAUAGGAAGAUAUAUUAUGGGCAUAAUUAAUAAUGAGAAAGCCAUAGUUGCAAGAGGAAGGAUAAAAUGAUAAAAAUACUCUUAUUUUAUAAUAAUAAUAAAUAAACGAAGAAGAAAUUAAUUAAUUAUUUCAAAAUAACAAUUUUGAUGGUAUAUACUGUCUGCCUUUAGAAAAAUUUACCUUACUUCAAUCCUUUUGUGAAAAAAGAGUUUUACGAAUGAUAAGGGAUUAAUUCAAAGAAAAGUUAGUAAAAGAUCUUUAAGAAAUAGAGUGUAAGGAAAAAAAGAAAGGAAUUGAUUAAAAAAAGAAAUCUAAAAAACAGAAAAAGUAAAAAAUCAAAAAUGAAAAGGAUUCUUAAAAAAAUAUGAUAUCUUAAGAUAACUGUAAUAGUUUUGAAAUCAUUGAUAAAUAAGACUCAACUAAAGAUGAUUUUCAUUGUACUGAAUGUGAAUGCAAUAGACAUUCAAAUCCUUACUCAGAUAAUAAACAAAUCGAUUCUUUAACUGCUCAUCUAGAUAAAUAAGAUAUUAAUUAAAUUGUGCCAUCCAAAAUAACAGAAAUCAUUUAAGAUAUGGAACUCAAACAAAAUGAAUAAAAUGCUUAGAAUGAUGACGAAGAUAAUUGGGUUCUCAUAACAAAGCCAAAAAAACAAAAAAAGAAACCCUAAAGAAAAUUUGAUAGUUCACAAGAUCUCCAAUUCAAAGAGUCUAAUUCGUACAAUUAAUGCAAUUAAUCUAAUUAAUGUAACAAAAUUACUUCACCUUAAAAGCGAAAACCUGUAAAAAUAAAUUAAUUUAAUAAUUAAAAAAAUGAUAUAUAAGAUUCAAGUAAGGACAAACAACCUUUUUCUAAUAGAAAUAGAUUAUAAGCAAAUACAUAGAAUACAUUUCCUUAAUAAACUUUGACUCCUCAAAAAAAAGAGACAAAAUCUUCAUAAUCAGUGAUUAUAGAUAUUAAGAAAAUAAAUAAAUCUUUAGAAAAUCCAAUUAUGCAUAAAUUAGAUGACAACAUAUUAAUUAAGCCGCUAUAACAAAUAAUAAAAAUAUAAGAGCUAAGUCUUUGUUAAGAUGAAUCAGUGUUAGAUGGUUGUGGUUAAAAUAAUAAUCAAACUUAGAAUAAUUUAGAUCUUUAUUUUACUAACAACACUGAAGAUAUUGAUACAAUUAUUAUGAAUUAAGCUAGAACAUUGAUGAUAAAAAAACUUGAUAUGGAUAUCAGAGAAUUUAAUGAUUUAAUUUUAACAUAAAAUUAAGAAAUACUUUAAAUGAGGAGGUUAAUAUAUGAUAGAAUAUAAUUUGUAAUUAAUUCACUCUUUAGAGAAUACAAUGCUACUGUCCGGCUAUUUGGAUCCUGUGCUACUGGCUUAGCUCUUCCAGAAAGCGAUAUUGAUAUUGGAAUAACAGGAUUUGAAUUACUUCCAUCAAAUCAAUUAAAUGGACCUAUUUAAAAGAUAAUAGAAUUUUUGUAAAAUAUGAAAUGGGUCACAAAUAUAAGGGCUAUUACCACAUCAAGUAUGCCUUUGAUUAAACUCCAAGUUGAUCCCUCAAUCUCCUUUGUAGAGUCUUCUCAUAAAAUACUAUUACCUUAAAUUGAUUUAAUUACAAAUUAUGAUAAAGAAAGUCCUUCCCGUAUAUUUAGUGUAGACAUAAGCUUUUUUUAAUAUCAAGGAUCUAAAUAAAAUUGGCAUCUAGGAUAAAUCUCAACAGAAUAAACUCUAUAAUGGUUGUCAUUUUAUAGCGAAUUAAGGCCAAUAGUUUUAUUAUUCAAGAGUUUAUUAAAAAAGAGAGGACUAAAUGACUAGUAUAAAGGAGGAAUUUCUUCCUUCUGCAUAAUUUAAAUGAUCUUAGCCUUUCUGGAGAGUUGCUAUCAUUAAGGAUAAGCUUCCUCUAUUGGAUUUAUUACUUAUAAAUUCUUACAAUUUUAUGGAAUGGAAUUUGACACCAAAAAAACAGGGAUCAAUUAUAAAGGAAUUAAUUAAGAUCCUUUUUUCGAAUUGGAUGAAGAAGAUAAUUAAUUAUAAAUUACUAUAGUCUCUCCAAUCACAAAUGAAGUAAUCAGUCAAGCUAGUUCAUUCGUUUAAACUAUAUUACAAGAUAUAAGAACUCUCUUUUUGGCAGCAGAGAAUGAAGUGACUUUUUUUUAUGAAAAGUUAAAAUAUAAUAAAAAGAAGAAAGGGAAAAAGGAAGAAAGAAACUUGUUUCAAAAAGAACUCAAUAAAUUUGGUCCACUUUUUAGUAUUUCAACAUAUAAUUUAGCUUGA